GCAACAACAACUACUACCCGAUGGCCGUGGCUGACCCGUCGAGGCCAAGAAUUGCGGUGCAAGGGUGUGGACAAGAAGCAACGGGAAAAGAGCACACAUAGUGGACAUGGAUGAUGCGCCGUCCCCCGUGUGCACUCGGCUCCAUUUUUCCUCCCUCGCCGUCCACCACCAACUCUCUCUCCCCAAAGUCCUAUCAAUCAAACAAUUCCAAGAGUCAGUGAGAAACCGUCUGCAACUGCAAAGACUCCACGGCAAGCAAGGAGCACGCUACCAGAGAUUUAAGGUCCAUGAUCGUCUAGUGCUCGAUCGGUUCCCUCCUGGCGGAGCAGAUCAAUGGAGCCGGCGACGUUCUUCCGGUGCGUGCCGGACCAUGGGGAGGACGACGACGACGAGCAGAGCAGCGGCGGGUGCUUCCUGGACGUGUACGUGCACGGCGCGCGCGGCAUCCACAACAUCUGCAUCUACGCGGACCAGGACGUGUACGCGCGCUUCUCCCUCACGUCCAGCCCGGGCCACGCGCCGGCGCUCUCCACGCGCGUGGCUGCCAGGGGCGGCGCCAGCCCGCGCUUCGACGAGCGCCUCCCGCCGGUGCGCGUCCGCCGGGGCAGGCUCGGCACCGACGCGCUCAAGUGCGAGGUGUGGAUGCGCAGCUGCGCAGAGAGCGUCCUCGAGGACCAGCUCCUCGGGUUCGCGCUCGUGCCGCUCGCCGCCGUCGCGGCCGCUCACGGCGCGCGGGUGGAGCGGCGGGAGUUCUCCCUCUCUUCGACAGAUCUCACCCACUCGCCCGCCGGCACGGUGAGCCUGUCCCUCGCCCUCCGCUCCGGCCGCGGCGACGCGUGUAUCGCGGGGCCGUCAGACCGCGCCGCGGCGGAGCCGUCGAUCACGUCUGAGGUGGUCAUCCUUGAGCCGCCAGCGCCGCCGGUGGACUACUUGGGUAUCGAGUUCCCUGACCUCAACACGGCCAAAGAGAACGACGACAUGGCCGUCCAGUACCUGCCGUUCUUGCACCUCGGGGUGGCGCCACAGGUGGCCAUGGAGACGGGCACGAGCCCACGCGGCGAGAAUUCGAUGUCGGUGUCCUCGGAGGGAAGCAAGAACGCCUCGACGACCACCACGACCAGCGACGACAGGGCGAUCGAUGUCUCCUCCUCGGCGGCGACAGAGAAGCCGCAUCGGCACGACGGCGCCCACGAGGCCACCGUGUCGGCGCCGAUGUGCUGCGGCGCGCCGGACACGCCGACGUCCAACGGAGGACCGGCGUAUGGCAAGGAGAAGGUCGACGUUUUCAAGUCUCCCAUGGCCGCCGGCGACGUCAUCGACAUGGAGGCGGAGCAGAGCGCGAUGCAGCGGCAGAUCAUGGAGAUGUACGUGAAGAGCAUGCAGCAGUUCACCGAGUCGCUGGGCGCGAUGAGGCUGCCGAUGCAGCUCGACGGCGACGGCGGCGCCGGGGUGGUCGUUCAGAGGGACGAGAAGAAGCCGGAGCCGGAGGCGAGGAAGGACGGGGCGAGGGUCUUCUACGGAAGCAGAGCUUUCUUCUGAAGAAGACUAUAAUUAUUCAGAGUGUUGUGAAGAGACCUACUACGAUUAUUCAGAGCGUGGAAAAUCUGAUCUCUUCUUGCAAAGGUAUUGAUUGAUCAGAGUGCGGUUAGAUGGUGACUAGGUUUUGAUUCUUCAUCAUCGUUGUUGAUUUGAUUCGUUAGUGCAAUUGCAAAUUAGUACAGUACACCUCUAGCUAAGAUUAACAUGUGUGCGCUAGAGUUUUGUGUGUAUUCGGCGGGAGCAGAGCUUUUCUUCUGAAGAAGACUACAAUUAUUCAGAGUGUUCUGUAUAAAAACUGCGGUUAUUCA